GGAAAAGGGAAAAUACAUUACCCUAUCUCUGUGCAAAACUCGUGUAAAAGACUCUUCACAAAUCCCUUUUUUAUUUUCGAUUAUUCAAAAAUACUAGCAACAAAAAUAUAUAGCGAGAGAAAGGCUUAUCCAUACUUUGGAAAAGCAUUGGAGCAAUGGCUCUCCUCUUCACCUCUCCUCUCUCCUCUCUUUCUCUAAAUUCAUCUUCAACUUCCAGAAUUUCGGCUAAGCCUUGCUUCAGGGUGCCCCACAAUGCCGUUGCUAUGCAUCAAAGAUCCUUCGUGGGAGGCCGGAUUCAAGUGCCCUUUGUUCUCAGCAACGGAGGUGCAUUGAUCGUUAAGGCAUCCUCUGAUAUCGAUGGAACAGAGUCCACCACCCCGGAGUCUCCCACCCCUGCUUCAGAUGGGAAAGAGAAGAGCACGCCUGUUGAGAACCUCCCUUUGCAGUCCAAGGUUCAGGAACUGGAGCAGCAGAGGCUCAAGAUGAAGCUGGCCAAGAAAAUCAGGCUGAGGAGGAAGCGCCUCGUGAGGAAGCGCCACCUGAGGAAGAAGGGACGAUGGCCACCUUCGAAGAUGAAGAAGAACAAGAAUGUUUGAACAUUGUCUCUAGGAAUUUUGCAGAUUUACUGCUCACUCAUUUCCCUUAUUUUUUUUUGUUGCAGCUUCAUGAAAAGUCACAUUAGAAUCCGUUCUUGUUCAAUGUAUAUGUGACCUAUUACAGUUAAUCAGUUAUCAUCUUUCAUAUUACCAGAAGUUUGGUAUUGGAUGUAAUAUGAUAUUCUGAAUCAAGUUUUUCCCCUUUUCUCUGUU